AUGUUCACGCUAUGCAAAGGCUACAGUGACGACGAAGAGAAUGAAGAAACAGAAAUAAUCAACGCAGUAUCCGAAAAAAAAAAAUCAUUUGAAGAAAAAAUAUCCUAUUAUAAAUUAAAAGGAAAAGCAGAAAGAGGACACAUAACAAUUUACACAAACCUGGGUGAGUUCGAAAUAGAAAUGUACUGGUACCAUAGCCCCAAAACAUGUUUCAAUUUUUAUUCAUUAUGUGAAAUGGGUGGGGACCCCACAGGGACAGGGAAAGGGGGGAAAAGCAUUUAUGGAGAAUAUUUCGAAGAUGAAAUAAAUAAAGAAUUAAAGCAUACUGGGGCUGGGAUAUUAAGCAUGUCCAAUAAUGGCCCUAAUACGAAUUCCUCACAGUUUUUUAUAACCCUAUCUCCUUUACCCCAUUUGGAUGGAAAACACACCAUUUUUGCAAGGGUCAGCAAAAAUAUGACUUGCAUUGAAAAUAUAGCCGCCGUCAAGACAACUGCGACGAAUAAGCCCAUUUUUGAUGUCAAAAUUUUGCGAACUUCGACGGCUGUGAAUGUUGAUUGA